CCGCCGGCGCCACAGCUCGAAUUCACACAAUCCCAAUUCGUACUUUUUCAGCGCCACCACUUCGUAUUCUGAGCAAGAGGUGUCUUGUAUCUGCGAGUCGCUGUUCAACGAAGGCCUACAGACCGGACGGACAGAGCAACUGACGCACUUCCUUUGGACUCUGCCGGAUCACCUGAAAUGCCUCGAAAGUGCCCUCAAAGCUCAUGCCCUAGUGCUUUUCAGUCAACAACAAUGGAAGCAACUUUAUCGAUUGCUAGAAACACACAAGUUCAGUCCACAUAAUCAUCCCGUACUACAGGAUUUAUGGCUACGUGCUCAUUACACCGAAGCUGAGAAGACGAAAGAGCGCGAACUGGGUGCCGUCUGUAAAUACCGUAUUCGGAAGAAAAAUCCAUUUCCAGCUACCAUUUGGGAUGGAGAAGAAACGAACUACUGUUUCAAGUCAAAAUCGCGCAAUGUCCUUCGCGAUGCAUACAAGAAACAGGCUUAUCCGUCUGUUGAGGACAAGAAACGACUGGCAGCUCAGACCGAACUCACCGUUACUCAGGUUUCCAAUUGGUUCAAGAAUAAGCGACAACGUGAACGAGCAGCUGGCACAUUGGAAAAGUGA